AAUGGCUUUGUUUUCAUAUCUAAAGGUACAUUUAGUAAUAUUAGUGAUGAUCAGUUAGAUGAACUUGUUCGCCAAACAUCAAGUGAUCAUCCCAAUUUUGGUAUACGGAUGAUGAAAGGAUACCUGCAAAGCAAGGGAUGGCGUGUGCAACGUGACCGGAUAAGAUGUUCACUGCUGAGAACAGAUCCAAUUGGUCUAAUGCAACGUUGGCAAAAAGCUAUAAAACGGCGUUCAUACAACGUGAAAUAUCCUCGCUCCCUGUGGCACAUUGAUGGAAACCACAAACUUAUUAGGUAUGAUUUUGGUUGCCUACAAUUGGGGCAAGGUCAUGCCACCCUAAAAUUUGCCAAUUAA